AUGGCCGCCACGACAGAGCAAGCGCCGCAGCAGCUCAGCGAUGCCAUCGUUGCUUUCUCUCUUGAAGGUCGCUUCCCUGAGGAUGUCUCUGCCCUCCCUCCUGUUUCCGAAACCGAUUUACAGCCUGCGAUCCAGGCUCUGGCCAAUGCCAAGAAAGAGCUGGAGACCGAGCUACAUACCAUCAACCAAGAAACCAAACAAGAUGUAGAUUCAUGGGUACGGAAUUCAAAGACCUUACAAGAGGACAUCUUCCGUUCAAAAGCAAUGGCCAAUGAGAUUGAACGGCAAUCUGAGGCCCCUGAUGUAUCUGGCGAGGCCAUUCAAGACGCAGAGGAGAAAACAGAAUUCCUGAACCGGGAAGUGCAGUAUAGCCAGCAGCUACAUGGUGCAUUGCAAGGCAUUAAGCGUGUCAAUCGGCUCUUGAGUGAAGUGGAAGCUGCGAAGAAUGAGCGUCGCAUUCUGGAUUCUUUACGGCUACUCGAGAGAUCGUGGGAAGCGAUUGAUCAGGUUGGUGUCAGUAAGACUUGCCGGGUAAUGAAGCUUUUGAAUAUCAGAAGUUUCGAACUCAAAUCUGCUGUUCACGAAGUCUUCGACCAUAUUUGGAAAACUUUAAUUCACGCAGACAUCGAAACUCGCCAAUUUGCCGUGUAUGACGUUGUAAAAGAUGAACAGAUGAGCCUCGCCGAUGCAGUGAUCGGUCUUCAAGCUUACAAAGAGGUUGAUGAGCGUAUGGAGCAGCUGUGGCGGAACGUGGAUGCUGCGAUCAUAUCUCCCCGGAUGGACGUCAGGAACAGCACUUUCCCCAAGAUACAAGCAGAUGGAGAAAUCCUUAAACUGUCAGGGGAAACAACAAAAUCUGUUGACGCUCUCCUCACUGAUUUGGAAACAGCCUUCGCCUUCCUCGCUCAAAAACUUCCCUCCGGUCUCUUGCCUUCACUCGGCAACUUCAUGAUGACUGACGUAAUACCUAAACUUAUCAGAGAAUGGUUAGACGUCGCAGUACCUUCAUCAUUAAAAGAGAUGGAUAACUUUCAGGCCAUGAUCAAGAGAGCGAAGGUGUUCUGCGAGUCGCUCACUCAGUACGGAUACACAGGUUUUGCGGAUCUACAGGAUUGGGUUGACAACGCACCAUCAAUAUGGUUGGGGAAGUGCCGGGAGACAACUCUUGAUUCUGUUCGAUCGAAGUUACUCAGUGGAAUUGGCGAACCCAAACAGGUUGAGAAGGUUGAGAAACAGAUGGUAUCCAUCGCGGAGGGUAAAGAGAUCACAAAGACCCCAGGUGGCGCUGCAGCAACAAGUGAAACCGCUGACUGGGGUGCCGAUUGGGGCGAUGCAUGGGAGCAAGACAACGACCAACCCAAAGACCAGAGCAAACCUAUAACGGCUGGUCCUGAUUCGACUAAGGCCGAUGAGGAUGACGGGGCAGAUGCAUGGGGAUGGGACGAGGAAGAUACCACUUCUGAAGUCAAAGACAACAAACAGGCUCCAAAGGAUGAUGAAGAUGAUAGUGCUGCUGCUUGGGGCUGGGGAGACGAGGAUGGGACCCAAGAACCAAAGCAACCGACAACAACCAAGAGCAAGAACCCUAAGGCUCAAAGUGAGACUCGAGAGCUUGUCCUGAGAGAAACAUAUAGUAUCUCGUCCAUGCCGGAGCCUGUCCUUGAGCUAAUAUACGCCAUUCUCGAGGAUGGUGCUGCCUUAACAAGAGACGACGUCGAAUAUGCACCUGUUGCAGCUACAGCACCUGGUUUAUUCGGCUUACCAACAUUUGCAUUGGCUUUGUUUAGAGCUAUUUCACCCUAUUACUACUCCCUCAGCGAGGGUGGCAAUAUGUACUUAUAUAACGAUGCUAUGUAUCUAGCAGAGAAGCUCUCCGAGUUUGCUGAUGGCUGGAAGAAGCGCGAAGAACUGACACCUCGAGCUCGAAACAUGCUGCGACUUGAUAACGAUAUCAAGAGUCUGCAAAGUUUCGCCAAUCGUAGCUACGCUAACGAAAUGAACAUUCAAAAGACUAUCCUCCGUGAUUUCUUGGGUGGAGCUCAAAGCUUGAUGCAACAAGAUGAGAUGGAGUCCUGUGUAGAGCUCGCCACCGUCCGCAUCCGCUCAAUGGCUUCUGUCUGGAAACCUAUCUUGGCUCGCUCAGUCUGGACUCAAGCUCUGGGUUCACUUGCUGAUGCUCUGUCAACCAAGCUCAUCACGGACGUUCUCGAGAUGCCAUCUAUCGGCCAGGACGAGGCCUACAACAUUGCGAAACUCAUUGCUACGGCUACCGAGCUCGAUGAUCUCUUCUUACCCAGCGCCCUGACAGGUACUGCCAGUACAGGAGACGAGGUUCCUCAAACAGCUCAGUACGCACCCAGCUGGUUGCGUCUCAAGUACCUGAGUGAGGUGCUCCAAAGCAACCUUAACGAGGUGCGCUACCUGUGGUUUGAAAGCGAGCUGAGUUUGUACUUUGCUGCGUCGGAGGUUAUCGACCUUAUUGAGGCUAGUUUCGAGGCAAAUCCAAGGACGAGGGAUACCAUUCGUGAGAUCCAGUCCAAGCCUACGCCUCUAGCUGUAUGA